CAUGGUUAUGAAAACUUCUGUGGCAGAUGAUGAUUCAGGAUGGGAACUCAGUAUACCGGAGAAAAUGGAAAAAGGCAAUACAAACUGGGUGGACAUAACCCGAGAUUUUGAAGAUGCCUGUCGAGAAUUAAAAUUGGGAGAAGUGCUUCAUGAUAAGCUAUUUGGUCUUUUUGAAGCCAUGUCUGCUAUUGAAAUGAUGGAUCCCAAGAUGGAUGCUGGCAUGAUUGGAAAUCAGGUUAAUCGAAAAGUUCUCAAUUUUGAACAAGCUAUCAAGGAUGACACCAUUAAAAUUAAAGAACUUACCUUGCCUGAAUUGAUAGGGGUAAUGGAUACAUGUUUUUGUUGUUUGAUCACAUGGUUAGAAGGACAUUCCUUGGCACAAACCGUAUUUACGUGCCUUUAUAUUCAUAAUCCAGACUUUAUAGAAGAUCCUGCCAUGAAAGCCUUUGCUCUGGGAAUCUUAAAAAUAUGUGAUAUUGCGAGGGAAAAAGUAAACAAAGCUGCUGUUUUUGAAGAGGAAGAUUUUCAGUCAAUGACUUACGGAUUUAAAAUGGCUAAUAAUGUCACAGACGUUCGAGUUACAGGUAUGCUAAAAGUUGUGGAAGAUGACAUGCAAAGAAGAGUAAAGAGUACUCGAAGUCGACAAGGAGAAGAAAGAGACCCAGAAGUUGAACUCGAGCAUCAACAGUGUUUAGCCGUAUUCAGCAGAGUGAAAUUUACUCGAGUAUUAUUGACAGUACUUAUAGCCUUUACUAAAAAAGAGACCAGUGCUGUUGCAGAAGCUCAAAAAUUGAUGGUUCAAGCAGCAGAUCUUCUCUCUGCCAUUCAUAAUUCAUUGCAUCAUGGCAUCCAAGCCCAGAAUUAUACCACAAAAGGAGAUCAUCCAAUUAUGAUGGGGUUUGAGCCCCUUGUUAACCAGAGGCUACUUCCACCUACAUUUCCUCCAUAUGCAAAAAUAAUUAAAAGGGAAGAAAUGGUCACUUAUUUUGCAAGACUAAUAGAUAGAAUAAAAACAGUCUGCGAGGUUGUCAAUUUAACAAAUUUACAUUGUAUUCUGGAUUUCUUCUGUGAGUUUAGUGAACAAUCACCCUGUGUUCUUUCAAGAUCUCUGCUACAAACCACUUUCCUAGUGGAUAACACAAAGGUCUUUGGAACCCAUCUCAUGCAAGACAUGGUGAAAGAUGCACUUCGGUCUUUUGUCAGCCCUCCGGUGCUUUCUCCCAAAUGCUGCCUUUAUAAUAAUCACCAGGCCAAGGAUUGCAUCGACUCCUUUGUCACUCAUUGUGUUCAGCCAUUCUGUAGUCUUAUUCAAAUCCAUGGACAUAACAGGGCUCGACAGAGAGAUAAACUUGGUCACAUUCUUGAGGAAUUUGCUACUUUACAAGAUGAGGCAGAAAAAGUUGAUGCAGCACUCCACACUAUGCUGUUAAAACAAGACCCUCAAAGACAACAUUUGGCCUGUUUAGGUACCUGGAUCCUUUACCAUAACCUUCGCAUUAUGAUACAGUAUCUUCUAAGUGGCUUUGAAUUGGAACUCUACAGCAUGCAUGAGUACUACUACAUAUAUUGGUAUCUCUCAGAAUUCCUAUAUGCCUGGUUGAUGUCAACACUGACUCAUGCUGAUGGCUCUCAAAUGGCAGAGGAAAGGAUAAUGGAAGAGCAACAGAAAGGUCGUAGCAGUAAAAAAACAAAGAAAAAGAAGAAAGUUCGCCCAUUGAGCCGAGAGAUCACAAUGAGCCAGGCAUACCAGAAUAUGUGUGCUGGAAUGUUUAAGACUAUGGUAGCGUUUGACAUGGAUGGCAAAGUUCGGAAACCCAAGUUUGAGCUUGAUAGUGAACAAGUUCGAUAUGAACACAGGUUUGCUCCUUUCAACAGUGUAAUGACACCACCACCUGUGUACUAUCUACAAUUCAAGGAAAUGUCUGACCUCAAUAAAUACAGUCCUCCUCCUCAGCCUCCAGAGCUAUAUAUGGCAGCCAGCAAGCACUUUCAGCAGGCAAAAAUGAUACUGGAAAAUAUGCCAAAUCCAGACCUUGAGGUCAAUAGAAUAUUAAAGGUGGCCAAACCCAACUUUGUGGUUAUGAAGUUACUUGCAGGAGGACAUAAAAAGGAAUCUAAGAUUCCUCCUGAAUUUGAUUUCUCUGCUCACAAAUAUUUUCCCGUUGUGAAACUUGUUUAA